AAUGCCAAGACAACUACACCUACAAUUUGUAAUGGAUAUACGGAAUAUUGUAAUAGGUCCUAUUCUCAAAUGUCAUUUGUAGCAACGCAUAAUUCAUAUGCAUAUGGUGGUGUUCCCGCGGCAAAUCAAAACUAUGAUAUUUCAACACAGUUAAAUAAUGGUAUUCGAGUUUUUCUUCUUGAUGGACACAACUCGACGAGUGGGUCAGCUAUUGAGCUUUGUCAUACGGAUUGUCGUUUAUUGGACACAGGAACUGCUGUAAAUACUUUAAAAAUCAUUACAAAUUUUUUGCAAACGAAUCCGAAUGAAGUAAUUACAAUCUUUUGGGAAAAUUUUGACAAAAUCGAUCCACUCAGAUACAAAGAUGCUUAUGAUCAAGCGGGUCUGACUCAAUAUUGUUUUACACAACCCGUUGGCGCUUCAUGGCCUACUAUGACUGCGCUUAUUCAAUCUGGAAAACGG